AAAAUUAGUAGUGCCGGCGAAAUAGUCCUCCCUUCGUUCAGGCACUAGGGUAUGCAGCAAUUUUGUAAAUGCUCCAUUGAUAUUUGAUAACGAUAACGACGGAAGUGGUGAAGAAUGAAGAAUGAAGAUCAGAAGCAAGAGAUUUGAAUAUGAAAACGAAAUAGGUAGUAAACUUUUUCCAAUGGUUUGUUAAUUUAUGUUUUGAUUGUUUUGAUCCCAAUUAGUUUACGAGUCUUCUUGAAUACGUAUUCAUCUCCGGAUUACUUGAAUCGCAUCUCUAACCAUCAUACAGCCAUAUUUUCAUUUAUGCAUCGAACACCAACUACCAAGUAUGUUUGCUCAAAUAAUAACGAAAGGCAGCAGUCGUUAUUUCAGUGGGACGGUUGCAAAUUUGAAAAGGCUCAUCAACUUGAAUAGACUGCACGUUCGCACAGUGGCCGACAAGUCUAGAUUUCAUUCAAACGAAGUGGUUGUUGAGUACGCCGAAGAUUUAAAGAAAUCUUAUUACAGGGCCGAGGAUUAUCGAAUUCUAUAUUUGAAAGAGAAAAAAGAUCAUAAGGAUACGAAAAAAGAGUUAAAACUUGAAAUCGAGACGAGGAUGGAAGCUCAAAUGCUACUGGUUCAAGCGCAGAAGGAGGAAUUGAAGAAACUGUACCGUCAAACUAUUGAGGAAGUGGAAGAUGGAUUCCCACAGCCAUAUGACGACGAUUUCGACAGCAAAAAAGUGAUUUGGGACAAAACAAAGUUAAAAGCGAAAUCAGGGUUUGAUGCGAAGGAAGAGAGAAGAAGACAACAAUGGCUUCAUUAUUUGAAAAACCCACCGAACGACCUAAUGCGAAAUAUUGUUGCGAACGCUGCAAAGUUGGAAAUGGAUGUUGAAAAAUUAGCUGUAGGAAUUUCAAAAGCACAUAGAUUACUUGACGAUGACUGUCAUGUCAGGUUAAUAGAAACUAACAUAAGGAUAGUAUACCCUAAGAAAUAUUUCAUGAAAGACAGAGACAGCGUUGUUCGUUCCUUACGUAUUGUCUUGAAAGAGGCUGAUAUAUUACAAGAUUAUAUAGAUUUAUGUAAUGGAGUUCUAAAUUAAUCAUGUUUUGUCGUUUUCGCCUACUUCAUACCUACUUGAAGUUGGAGAGUAUUAUCGUUGGGUUGGAUAUUUCCUGGAUUUUUAAUGAUGUAUUCGCAUUCGUUAAUUAGUUUCCUUCGUGUAAUCAAAUGAUGAGAUUUUCAUUUUUUGUCAAAAAAAAGAAGGGGAAUUACCAUGAAGAUUUGUGCAACGAAGUGUCAUUAAAUGUUUUAUAUUCUUAUGACAUAGAGAUUCUAGGCAUUUGGAUGGACUAAAGUAGGAUGGACGAUCGAAAUCUGCUGUAGCGUCUACUCGAGCAAUGACUAGGCGCGAGAUGCAUUUGAACGAUUUUGUAUGAGACACUUUUUGAGACACAAACUUUCAUAUGUAGGUAUACAUUGCUGUAGAAUCUGUAGAAAUAGAAUUUGGCAGCACCGGCCAAAAAGCUUGAUGAACUCAACUGUAAACAUUGAUAAGAAUGAUGUAAAAUAUAAAGCAAAGAAAAGCAUGGCGAGUUGAAUACUUUUUGCAAAAAAUAACUAGAAAGUAUAAUAAGAUCGAAAGUUAUGUAAUCGUGCUAUUGAAGUUCUAUUAUUUCGUUCUCGAGAUGAGAUCUUUGAAGGAGCUGUCCAUGGAGGACGAAUCUUCAAAAUACGAAAAGGUAUUACCUAAUCUUGAUAAAUUUAGAAUUUUUGUUGAAAAUUUCAUCUCAUUAACUAAUUAUUAUAGUGGUUAUUGUUCCAAUUAUACAAAAUUUUAUCAAAUUUA